AUGAUCAAUACCGGAAGGCUUCCUUCCGAAACAAAUUCGACAUUUCAGGCGAUAAACUUGCUGGCAGACGACUCUUAUACUGAAGCAUCGUUUGAUCUACUAUCAUCCAACCUAAAUAUUCUCAGAGACAGCGAAUUUUUAGAGACGCUUGAUAAUGUUGAUUUGAACGAUCCGGAAUUCAAUAAGUUUUUAGGUGAUUUUACUAACGAUAAUUUACUCGCAGAGCUGCCCAAUUCUACUACUGAUCCAUACACUUAUCAAUACGAUUCGAUGCAGAUGCCACCAAGUGAAGCCAACAACAGCGAUACGAUCUCAUCAUUAGACUCCGUUUCAGAUGAGUCCAGAUCGAAUAUCGCUUCUGUUUCUCAAUGGACUCGAUUUGGAAAUAAGAAAGUACUCAAAUAUACGGAAGAAUACCAACGUCGACGAUUGAACAACAAUAGAGCGGUACAGAAAAAUCGAGAGAAAGCUAAAGAAACAAAAAGAACACGAGAUUUACAAUUAGCAAUAUUGCUCGAAGAAAAUCAACGGCUAACUAGUACCGUCGAUUCGUUAACAAAAGAAAUUGGAUUGUUAAAAUCAUUCUGCGAAGCAAAUAGUCUUAAGUUACCUAUCAAUGAAAGCACUGCAUUACAUCAACCAUCGUUUCAUUUUCGUUUUUGGUUCAGCUGUGCAAGUAUUCUGGUGAAAGAGAUGUCGGGACCAUUUGGCAACAAUCGUUCGCGUCGUAAGGUAGCAUUGGUGAUCGGUAAUGCUGCUUACCGAAAGAAUCCGUUGCAUAAGCCAUUGAAUGAUGCAGCUGAUAUGACCAAUGCUUUGAAAAAAAUUGGGUUUCAAGGUGUCACGCGUACAGAUAUGGAUUUUGAAGACAUGGAAACAUGUAGACGUCAAUUUGUUCAAGCGAUUCAACCUAAUGAUUUGGUUUUAUUCUACUUUUCCGGACAUGGAAAGCAAUGGGAAGAUCAUAAUUUUCUACUGCCCUGUAACAAUCAAAACAUAAAUGAUAGUAAUAUUAAUCAAUAUGCGAUCAAUGCGCAAUGGCUUCUUGACGACAUAUCCAAACGUCGUCCACAUGCUAUUGUGUUUAUAUUGGAGUGUUCUCGCGAAUAUGUUUCACGGAAACCAACACAUGUUGGUAUGAAGAGUGGACGUUCAGACGAUCCUGCACCCGGCGUUUCACCAAGUAUUAAGAUUUGUUACGCCUGCCAAGGUGGCAAAUCAACAGUUGAAAACAACGUUGAUAGAAACAAUAUGUACACAAAGCAUAUUCUUCGACAUAUUGCAACACCUAGAAAACAAAUUCAAGAUUUGUUUAUAGUCAUUCACAAUGCUGUCUUUGAAGAAACCCAUGAAGCCCAGGAACCUUCCUCAGAAAUGUCGCUGAAAGAUCCAAACAUCUACCUUUGUGAUGCUGAUUGUGAGGAGCAAAGUGGAAGUAAUUCUGAUCGCGAGGAACAAAGUGGAAGUGAUGGCGAUCAUGAGGAACAAAAUGGAAGUCAUGAAGAAGAUCAUGGCGAAAGCACUGCAUUACAUCAACCAUCGUUUCAUUUUCGUUUUUGGUUCAGUUGUGCAAGUAUUCUGAUAGCAUUGCUGAUCGGUAAUGGUGCCUAUCCUGGGGACUCGCGCCUGUACAAAACCGUGAACGAUGCGCGGUUUAUGAGUGAAAAGUUGAAAAAUAUUGGCUUUGAAGUUAUCAUAGGCACUGAUUUGAAUCUGGACGGAAUGACAUCCCGUAUAAAGCGAUUUAUUGAUCGGAUCGAGCAAGAUCAUCUGGUUUUAUUCUUUUUUUCCGGUCACGGCUCACAGUUGGAAGAUCAAAACUAUUUGUUACCGAUUGACUAUAAAUCUUUACACGGUGCAAGCUUGAGUGAUCGAUGUAUUAAUGCACAAAAAGUACUUCGAAGUAUAAGUGAUCGCAACCCGUUUGGUGUUGUGUUUCUGCUCGAUUGUUGUCGUAAUUACAGUUUCCGUCCUCAUGAACUCCAGCGUGGUGUCUGUGGCGCCACUACAGAAAGCGGAGGGCUCAGAAAAAUGGUUGCAAGAGGAAGUACUAUUAUCGGUUUCGGUGCUACACCUGGUAAAUCAUCGACGGAAUCUUCAAAUGAUGAUAACGGGAAAUUUACCAAGCAUCUCCUUAAGCAUAUUGCGAAACCCAAUCUGCAAAUUCAAGAUUUAUUGGCGAUAGUUACCAAACAGGUUGCUGAAGACACCGAAGGCAGACAAGAACCUUGGGUGACUGGAAAUCUGAGAUACGAAAACAUCUGUCUUUGCGAUGGUGAUGCCUAUUCGAACAAUCGUGGAUGUGAGGAACACAGUGGAAGUGAUUAUGACGACGUAUGCGACGAACAGGACGACACGCAAUAUGGAAGGUGUCGUGGAUAUGCGAGAGAUGAUCUAAUGAAUGAAGUGAAAAGACGAAUGGAACUAUUUACUGGUAGAGAUCUAGACGGCGAUGGAAAAAUCGGUUAA